CAGGGUGUGAUUGCACUGCAAAUCUGAGCACCAGGCAGGUGUUGAAGAGCUGAGCUGUUGUGAGAGUUUUAAUUCCUCCAUCCAUCGAGUCACAGAGAAGGUGAAGUUACAAAAUGAGCAGGUAUUCGACUGGCAAGGUCAGCUCUCUCCUAAAGGACGGCAGCUGGAUCAAAAAAGCGGACGAUGAGGACGAAGACGUCGACCGAGACCCAAACUUUGGCAAAAGUAUUCUGGGCCAGCGCAGUGAAACUAUUGUUGGUCCAGACGGUGAAGAAGUAAAAACCACCACAACUACAAGCAGGUCAACAUCUGUGCAAUCUCUCUCCAAGAAAUUCAGCGGAAGUCAGGAUGAGCUGAGGAGCGGCAGCACCCUCCCUUCCAGCCCGACUACAUCUUCCUACACCAAGAGCACAUACUCAACCCUGAAGUCAGAUUAUCCCAGCAGCACAACCACCACGUCCAAGACGACUGUCACAGAGGAACCUAAGAAAAGCACCAGAACCACUUCGGUGUCCAGGGACGGCACCAGUGAGACCACCAUCACCACCUCCAAGAGUGUUAGCUCCACUGUGAUUAAAAGUCCCACCACGACGUUCACUGAGCGUGUCAAGUCUUCAAGCAAAGGGCCACUGUACUCAAGCUACUCACCGACCAGAACCACCAAAGAGACUGAGACUUCUGUUUCCAGCAGUAAAAACGCUGAGAACAAACUUUACGACACUCUCAUCCCCUCGGCUAUCAAGGGUGAUUCCUCACCCACAGACAGCAAAACAACUGUCUUCGAGACUGAGAAGGUGAUGGUGAAAAGCAGCACUGAUGCGGAGGACAACCUCUUCACAUCACUCAUCCCUUCAUCUGGCAAGGAGGAUUACUCGUCCCCAGACAGAAAUGGCACUAAAACUACAACCAAAACAAGGACUUCCUCUAUGGCUGAGGAUGACCUGUAUGGCACCCUCCUGCCUCGAUCCAUUACAUCUGUAUCUGACCGAUCUCCUUCUAUCAGCAGCAGCAGCACCACAAAGAGAGAGAUCAUCACAUUGGAGAGCAGCAGAGGAGUUGAAAGCUCAAGUCUGUCAUCGCCAUCCUCCACCAGAACCACCAGCUACAGCUCGUACACCGAUGAUCUUCCCUCCACCCGCACCAGCUCCUACACCAUCAGCACCACCCCAAGUGACGACUACAGCAGCGACCGUAAAGGCUACUCUUACUCCAGACCAGACUCCAGUUAUGACUACAGCAGCAUCACCAGUCCCACCUCCUACACCUCAAAGCCCUACAGGAGCAGCAGCAGGUCGGAUGACACUGAUCAAAUCUACUCAUCCUCCAUGAAGAGUGUGUAUGCAGCUCCUGAGAGGGCGGUGCUUGAGAAAGACCUGUGCACCCACUGCCGUAAACCCUUCACUGGUGACGCCAAGAUGGUCCUGGAUGACAUGAAAAUCAACUGCCACGCUUCCUGCUUUAAGUGCGAGGUGUGUAACAACAGGCUGAGUCAUAUGAAAGCUGGGGACAGCAUUUGGAUCUACAAACGCAUGGUGCACUGUGAGAACUGCUUUGAGGUCACCAGAGAUAAAUGGUGCCGCUGAGUUUCUCCCCAGCCCCCACUGGAGAGGAAGCACAUGUGAUUUAAGAUCAAAUGGAUUGCUGUUGAUCAGUGUGUUUUGGGUGACGCAGGUUCUCCUGUACUUCUGUUUUUACAAGCUGACAAAGCUUUAUCUGGGUAUUUUGAAAAAUGACAGUUACAUUAUGAAUAUACAUUUUAAAUACUAUUGCAGCUAGCUGUAACUGUGCUGUUGACGUCAUGAUAUUGCUGUCUCAGUAUCUAACCCUUUUCACUAAUUUGAGAUAGAACUUAUGAUAUUCUCUCAGGUCUGCUAACUUUGUGGGGAUUGUGUGAUAUGAAAGGAGAUAUUGCAAUAUUUAGGGCCGGGGGCUUUUUCUGUGUGCAAUAAAGACAAUCAAUAUAUCUGUAUC